AUGGAGCGAACACUUCUAACAAGGAUUGCGGGUUUGUUUCAGGAACUUGCUAGUUCCGUGAAUUCUAUGGAACCGCGUCUUGAGAUUGGGCGGAUCGUUUUGGAUUGCCGCCUCGUUGCCACUCUCAUAGGCUACUUUGGACUGGUUAUUAGGUUCGCCGCCGACGAAUUUUCGAACAAGGGAGACUUGCUUGUUUCUGUCAAAAAAAAAAACUGGAAUAUCACCCGGGAUCCUUGGGCUGAUUUCAAAGUCAUGCAAAUCUAG